UCUGUGAAGAUGGAGGUGGACAAUCGCACCAUCCUGACUGAAUUCAUCCUGUUAGGCUUCUCAGCAAACCGGCGCUGGCAGCUGAUUCUAUUUGGAAUAUUUCUGACCAUCUACUUGUUGACACUGUCAGGGAACAUGACGCUGGUUGUCUUAAUUCGGAUUGAUUCUAGACUGCAUACACCUAUGUACUUUUUCAUCAGCAGUCUGUCAUUUUUGGAUUUCUGGUAUACUUCUGUAUAUACCCCCAAAAUAUUGGCCACUUGUGUCUCAGAAGACAAGCGUAUUUCCUUGGCUGGCUGUGGGGCUCAGCUGUUCUUCUCCUGUGUUGUAGCCUACACAGAAUGCUACCUGCUGGCCGCCAUGGCUUAUGACCGACACGCUGCAAUUUGUAGCCCGUUGCUUUAUUCAAGCGUCAUGUCUACUUCUCUCUGUACUGGGCUGGUGGCUGGCUGUUACAUAGGAGGGUUUUUAAAUGCCAUAGCUCAUACUGCCAACACAUUCCGACUAACUUUCUGUGGUAAAAAUGUUAUUGAUCACUUUUUCUGUGAUGCACCACCAUUGGUUAAAAUGUCCUGUACAGACACCCGUGUCUACGAAAAAGUUCUUCUUGGUGUAGUGGGCUUCACUGUGCUCUCCAGCAUUCUUGCCAUCCUGAUUUCCUAUUUCAACAUCCUCCUGGCUAUCUUGAGGAUCCAAUCAGCCUCAGGAAGACGGAAGGCUUUCUCCACCUGUGCCUCUCACCUGAUCUCUGUCAUGCUCUUUUAUGGCUCCUUGCUCUUCAUGUACUCAAGGCCUAGCUCAACCUACUCUCUAGAAAAGGAUAAAGUGGCCGCCCUCUUCUACACUGUUGUCAACCCAUUACUCAACCCUCUCAUCUAUAGCCUGAGAAACAAAGAUGUCAAAGAAGCCUUCAGGAAAGCAACACAGGCCAUAUGGCCGCACACAGGAAGGUGA